AUGUCUCGACUCGUCCUCGGCCUCGUGGCCCUCACCGGCCUCCUGGGCUCGGUAGACGCCCAGAACAGCACCGACGACAGCGCCAACGUCAAGUGGCUCGGCCGCACGCCGACCUACAACUCCGGCACGACCUUCGGUCUGCCGUGGGCCAAGGGCAAGCACUACCCCAACUCGACCGACUUCACCAUCUCCGGCGGUGGUCCUCUGCAGUCGUGGAUCACGGCAUACUGGCCCGACGGUUCCAUCAAGUGGUCUGCCCACGCGAUCCCCGAGUCCGACACGAUCCUCGACGAGUACACCGUCAGCGCGUCUUCGGCUAAUUCGACGGCUCGCUUCGCCCGCGCCAAGAGACAGUCCAGCAGCGGCCUGUCCGUGAGUGACUCGUCCGACGUCGUGAGCGUCGACACCGGCAAGCUCUCAAUCACGUUCCCCAAGUCGGGCAGUGCUGUGGUCGGCGAGAUCAAGACCGCCUCUGGCAAGAUCAUUGGCCAGAACGGCAAGCUUGUCCUGCACUCUCAGUCUGGUGUUGAGGAUUAUGCUGAGGCGAAGGGCAAAUCCGGCAUCAACUACUUCAACUUCGAGAGCAACAUCGAGGAAGUCACCGUCAGCAAGGACAACACCGCGCGUGCUCUCGUGACGGUUCGCGGCAAGCACAAGACCCAGGGCGAAGGCAGCCACGUCGACUGGCUCCCUUUCAUUCUCCGAUUUUACACAUACGCCAACUCUGAGGCCGUUCGCAUUGUUCACACCGUGAUCUACGACGGCAAAGCAUCGGAGGACUUCAUCACCGGCCUCGGUAUCCGAUUCGAGGUUCCUCUUGAGGGAGAGGAGCACUACAACCGCCACGUCAGAAUUUCUGGCGUUGACGGCGGUCUCCUUAGCGAAGCUGUUCGUGGCAUCACCGGCCUGCGGAGAGAUCCCGGUGCCGAGGUUAGAAACGAUCAGUUCGAGGGUGUCGAACUCGCCGACCCCGCCACUUGGGACCAAAGAGUCACCACCAGACUUCACUGGAUCCCUACAUGGAGCGACUAUAGCUUGACUCAGCUCUCUCCCGACGGCUUCACGCUGAAGAAGCGUACCAAGGCAGGCCAGAGCUGGGUCAACAUCCCCGGCGGAACUCGUGCUGGCGGCCUCGCCUACCUCGGCGGUGCAACCAAGGGUGGCCUUGCUGUCGGUCUGCGCAACUUCUGGAAGCGAUACCCUACCGGCAUUGACAUUACCAACGCCGCGACGGACAAGGGCGAGAUCACUAUCUGGAUCUACAGCCCGAACGCCCCUCCAUUGGACCUCCGCCCCUACCACGAUGGCCUCGGCCAAGAGGACUACGCCGACCAACUCGAUGCCCUUGAGAUCACAUACGAGGACUGGGAGGAUGGAUUCAACACCCCGUACGGUGUUGCCCGCACCAACGAGAUCUUCUUAUACGGCUUCGAGCAAACGCCCAACCGAACCCUCCUCGCCGACCUGUCUGACCACACCAACAACCCCCCCGUUCUUUACGGCGAACCUGAGCACUUUGCUGAGACGAAGGCUAUUGGAAACUACUGGGCUCCGCCGAGCGCGAACCCCAAUGCUCAGGAAGCCGCCAUUGAGAAUCACCUCGACUUCCUCUUCAAGUUCUACGAGGGUCAAGUCGAGCAGCGCAAGUGGUACGGCUUCUGGGAUUACGGCGACUUCAUUCACGCCUACGACACCGAUCGUCAUCAAUGGCGUUUCGAUAUCGGCGGAUACGCCUGGGACAACUCCGAGCUUUCACCCGAUCUGUUCUUCUGGAACUACUUCCUUCGCACCGGGCGCGAGGAUGUCUACCGCUUCGCCGAAGCACAGGUCCGCCACACCGGCGAGGUCGAUGUGUACCACUUGGGUGAUCUCAAGGGCCUCGGAACUCGUCAUGGCAUUCAGCACUGGGGUGACAGUGCCAAGCAGGCUCGUAUUUCGACGCCUCAGUACCGUAAGAUCUUCUACUACGUCUCCGGAGGCGACGAGCGUGUGGGUGAGCUUAUCGAGGAGCUUCUGGACACCGACAAGACCUACGGUGUUCUCGACCCCAACCGCAAGGUCCGUACCGACGGCUGGGUUCCUACACCCAAUGCUUCCGUCGCUGUUGGUCUGGGAACCGACUGGUCUGCUCUCGCGGCCGGCUGGCUUCUGGAGUGGGAGCGCCGCGGUUCUCGGUGGGAAGAGGCCCGCACCAAGCUCGUCAACACCGCCGCCAGUAUCGCCAAGCUUAAGAACGGCUUCGUUACGGGUUCCGGCUUGUACAGCAUCGCCAACGGCACCCUCGGCCCGCCCCCUGCCGAUCCCAACAACGAAGGCCUCGUCGCCGUCUCUCACCUGUCCGCCGUGUUCGGCCUCCUCGAAGUCGUGGCUGAGUUCAUCGAGCACGCUGGCGAGGAGGUUCCCGAGGGAUUCGAGGCUGCGUGGUACGACUACUCGUACUACUACGGCGCAGGUGCUGCCGAGCAGACUGCCCGCUACGGCAAGUCGUUCGGCAGUCUCAACCUCAAGCAGGGACACUCUCGCCUCACUGCCUACGCCGCUCAUCGCCAUGAUAACGCGACGCUGGCUGCCCGCGCGUGGAACGAGUUCUUCAACACGGACGGCUUCAAGGCGACCUCGCCCUGGGCCACUGUUCGCUUCAACGGCAGUGAAGUGCUCGCUCCCAUUGAUGAGGCUGCUUGGGUCUCGACGAAUGACGCUGCUUUGUAUGGAUUGGCGUCGAUCAUUAACCUCGCCUUGGUUGGGGAGUAUCUGACCUAG